AUGUUUGGCGAUGGGAAAUUAUGUGCUUGUAAGCCGAUUAGCGAGCCAGAUUUGGCUUCGUUUAUAGCAGAUUGUGUGUUAAGUACUGAUAAAAUUAACCAGAUUUUGCCAAUUGGUGGACCUGGGAAGGCGUUGACGCCAUUGGAGCAAGGGGAGAUGUUGUUUAAACUCGCGGGAAAGAAACCUAAUUUUAUUAAAGUCCCGAUUGAGAUUAUGGAUUUUGCUAUUGGGGUUCUUGAUUUUCUUGUGAAGAUAUUUCCUUCAAUGGAAGAUGUAGCGGAAUUUGGGAAGAUAGGGAGGUAUUAUGCAGCUGAAAGUAUGUUGGUUUAUGAUCCUGAAACUAAGGAAUACAAGGCUGAGGAAACACCAAGUUAUGGAGAAGAUACAUUGGAAGAUUUCUUUAAAAGGGUGCUUGAAGAAGGGAUGGCUGGGCAAGAACUUGGAGAGCAAAUAAUUUUUUGA